AGAAAGAGCUUGCGCGAGAGAAAUACACGCGAAGUUAGCUGCGGCUCAUGCGCAUGUCACAAUAAGUAGGCGCGAAAAUUCACGGAUUUGAUUGACAGUAGCUUUCACACAAAUUACAAUUUCAACCAAUAUACUCAGUAUAUCUUAUAUUAUGGACGAAUACGGGAUUAUAAAAGACAGUGCCGAUGAUUUACUUACACCGCCGAUUAUCGAAGAGAAUAAUUAUUCAGAUUUCGAAGAUAUUGAUUUAGAUGAUAUAGAGAUGAGCCAGGUUCGUAUGAAAUCACGAAUAUCAUCUUUACAAAAUGCACUCAAAGAUUUAAGCGUCGAAGUUAAGGAAGAGUCUGAAUUGUGGAAAAAAGAAAUUAGAGAAACCAUCGCCCUCCAAAAACAACAAGACGAAAUCAUUAAACAGUAUCAAAUCAAAUAUGAUCCGGGAUUUCAAGAUUUAAGAAAGGAACAACUACAGAAAGAAGUUGCCAUUCAGUCGUUCAAAACACAGCUUUUACAAAUAGAGAACAUGUGUAAUUUGGAAAUGACGAGAAUGAAGCAAAACACACAUAUCUUGCGACCAUUGCAAAUGACCGCACUGAAUUGGAAGAAUGAAGAUGCCGAAAAUGAAAAUACUGCCGAUGGAUGUGGGAAACCAACUGAUGUUGACAAUGUUGUAGAUGUUAAUACGUCUUUGAACGAAUUAUGCGAAGAACUGGAUGAUAUGUUUAUGGAUGCAGCGGAAAAAUUAACUAUGCCCACCACUGAAGAGACUGUCUAAAAUUUUAUUUCAUUCUAUUAAAUAUACACCAUGUAUUAAAUUUUAUUCUAAACAUUUGUAUAUUCUAAAUAAACUAUUAUUGACAAAUUUA